AUGUGGGCAUAUUUCAGUCCAACAAGAUCAGAGUAUGCAGCUUGGAGCUUGGUGUGGCUGGCAUGGAACAUCUUCAUUAUAUGUUUUUACUUAGAUGUAGGAAUUCUUUCUCCGGAAAUGACAAUAUUAGAUUUUGGUGUUGGAAAGAAAAGUUGGUGGCAAUCAGGCGGGAUAGGAUGUCGCAGAUUAGUCAACCAAUCAGAUAGUGGCAUAAAAGGCCUUGCGUCUUCAACGACGGCACCGCAAUAUACAGACUGUCUUUUAAAAUAUCAUUAUGUGGAAGUUUUACAUGCGGGCGUACAAUGUAUAAUGGCACUUAUUGGAUUCAUAGCAGCGUGCUACGUUAUUUACGUCUUUUCUGAAGAAGACGACAGCUGUAAGUAUCAGAUCUCCAUACACACAAGAGUAUCAUCUUCCUCCCCACAGCAGAAAAGCACGUCCAACCGCGGUGCCCAAAACGUGCGGGCAUAUGCUUAUACGCCCGCAGGCACUGACAACCUGCGUGUCCCUGGUGACCCUUCUCGUCGAAGCUGGACAAUCCCGACUUACGUGUCGUAUAAUGAUCAGUUGGAUUACUCAUCUGCCCAAAGCACGUUAUGACGAGUGUGCGUGUGUGUCGCUGCGUAAGCUGUUACGACGGAAGGUGUGUUUUAUGGUAUACUAUUUUUUUUCGGUGUUUAGGAUAGGUGUCUCUUAUGUUGUCCCGUCCUCCUUUUAUUUUUUUUUAGCUACUGGUGUGAUCUUUAAUGUCAGCCUCACCUGCCUCAAAUUCAGUAGAGCAGUCGCUGUCACCUUUUAAGCUGUCACUCUGUCACCUUGUCACCAGUGUCAGCUGUCACCUUGUCACUGUGGCAUGUCCUCGGCUACUUAGUCUGUCACCAUCUUGAUUGUUGUCACUUUGGCUGUUGUUAUCUCGAGUCUGCCAUCCUGAUGUGUCCACUGACAUGUGACAUGUCUGCUGACAUGUGACAUAUGCACUUGUGACAUUCCACAUGUUCUUUCCUGUGAAAAAAGAAGUGAUAGCCACUAGUGGUGGCCCCUGUCCCUUUCUCGUUAUUAUUGAAAAUAUAAAAUUUGUCUGUAGUCCUCAAAAGUUUCUAAAUUCAGUGUUGUUAUGCAACUGUGGCUAUAGAUAGUCAUUAAAAUUUUUUGCCUUCGAUGUUUUUUCUUUAAUUUGCGUUAUUGUUAAUUUUUUUCUAUAUGAAUAUUCUCCACUUGAAUAUUUUUAGAGAGGUGGCUCUCUCAGCACUGAAAUUCCAAACCCAUUUCCAAUGCACCACUUUUUCAUGCACCAGUCUAAUUGCUCUCAUAGUAUGGUGGAAAAUUAGAAUUAUUUUUAGUUUGCAU